UGGUUCGUCUGUGGUUGUGUUAUUCUCUGUUAUUCCGACGGGUUCCGCGCUCAACGGGUAGAUUUCACGAGUCAUCGCUCAUUUGUUCCGUUCUCUAUCCUUAGACUACUUGAACGCGUGUGACUCGAUGAAAGCCGAACACCGAAGGACGCUCGCGUUUAUAUUUGGUCGUCCGUCCAAGUGGAGCUGGCGGAGUUUCCGCCCGGCGCGUCACUUCCGCUUCCGGAGAGUGCGAGCUAACGGCCCGAGUCGGCGCGAUUCGAAACGCGCGACGAUUGCCUUUCGGUCGCCUCGUUUCUGAUCGAUACGGCGCGAUUUCCGUCGCAGCUCAUCACGACGUCGCCUUUUCGAGCUUCUGCCGCUCGCUUAUAGCUCGUUGGCCGCGCACAAAGAGAGGAGGAGCCGGCUAGCGGCACCCUCCGCUGGUGGUGCGAGGGCAAUGUGAAAUGUACGGCUCGCUUAGCGCAAGCGGGAAGAAAAAGAACCACGACCGCGAGAUCACAUGGACUCUCACGCAGCAGACGUCGGUGAAGAAGACGGCCGGCGGGAGUGCAGCUCCCGAUCGGAGGAGGAGCGGCCCGGCGUUAAAGUGGAAGAGGAGGAAGUGGACAUUGGUCAGGAGGCGGACGACUUGCCGGUGAUUUGCGUGGUUGUGAAGGAGGAACACGACGAUGACGGCGGCGGCGACCGAGCUCACCGGUGCCAAGGUGAGGGGAAGGUCCCGGCGGAGCCGAGGCGAGCCGAACCGCCGCGGGACACAUCAAGGUGGCAAGGCAAAAGUGGCUUUGCGGGCGCGGCCACGUUGCAAAGUCACGCGGAGCAAAAAAGCUUCGGGUGUCCGUAUUGCGCCAAAGCCUUCCCCAGGAAGAACAACUUGAAGCUCCACGUGAGGACGCACACGGGAGAGAAACCGUUCGCCUGCCCACUGUGCGGCAAAAGAUUCUCCGAAAAGGGCAACCUGAUGAGACACGCCAGCACGCACACGGGAGAGAAACCCUUCACUUGCUCAGUUUGCGGCGAAAGCUUCUCCCGCAAAGGCAACUUGGCCACGCACGCGCACACCCACACCGGCGAGAAAAGCUUUUCCUGCGCCGCCUGCGAGACCAGCUUCAGCCUGCGUUCGGCGCUUUUGAGACACAUGCGGACGCACACGGGCGAAAAGCCCUUCCCCUGCUCCGUCUGCGCGCAAAAAUUCUCCCAGAAGGGACAUUUGUUGCGACACAUGAGGACGCACAGCGGAGAGAAACCCUUCCCCUGCUCCAUCUGCGGCAAGCGAUUCUCCCAAAAGGGCAGCCUGGCCACGCACAAGAGCACGCACGCCGUGGAGAAACCCUUCUCCUGCUCCGUUUGCGGGCGCACCUUCUCCCAGAACGGCAACUUGGCGAAGCACGCCAGGAAACACACGGGAGAGAAACCCUUCGCUUGUCAGCUUUGUCGGCGACGCUUCACACACAAGUACCAGCUGAACAAGCACAAAUGUGCGCCCGAGGAGAGCCGCCGGAGAUGAAGCUGCGCCACUUUUCGGCCCCUUAUGCGCGCGUGGCGCUAAGUCCCUACGACCGCGGCGCAGAUUGUUUCCAAGAUGGGGCUUGAACAAGGAAUCGGGCUCAAUAACCACCACGAUGACAACGCGGCUUUUUCGACUUGCAAAAGGCUGCGAUUGAGCUGCUUGGUUUUAUGUCUUUGACUUUUUGUGGGGGUGGGUGGGCGGGUUUAAUAUGCAGUUGGGGGAGUCCUUAAGAAGUGCAGUCUGCAAGUGUGCAAAUCCUGCCCGGUGUGAGAGUCGAAGGGAUCGAGCUGCAGAUUUUUUGGCCGCAGCUCAAUUGAAACGAGCUGAAAGGCGAACUCGGAGUCAAAGAAAAGUUGGGGCCCUUGAGCUUGAAGGAGGGCGUGGCCUGGAAAUCCCGCCAAGGGGAAAGCUUUGCCCAUAAAACCGGCGCUUCGGCCGGAAAGUGGACGGCGGGCAGUUGAGCGCAAUCGCCUUGUUGUCGCUGAGCUCUUCUUGCGGGCUCGCGUACGACCUGGAACACAAAGACACUGAAUACGCUGCGGCGGUAUUCCAUGUGGAACAAAACUCGUAUUUCAGUCAGCCCUAACUUCAGCUCAAUGCUCAAAAUCACACACUGGAGAGAAAAACAAGCUCCAUGUCGUGGGGCCGCCGCCACCUAUCGGCCGCAUGGAUCAUUGCACUUGGGCCGUCUGUUGAACCAACCGCACCAGGCUACCGGGCGCGCCCGAGUGCACUGCUUCUAUUUCACCUUCUUCCUCUUUCAGUGAUGCUUUGAACGUUUUAUGAAAAGCACUUUGAAUUGUCUUGUACAAAAAAAAGGGACGCGAUAUCAAUAAAUCGUGCAUUCUUUCUUGUG